AUGUCUCUCACCAAUGCUCUCCCUGUGGAUGCUGCAAAAGCAGCCAAAUCGGCUUCACAUGCCCUAGCAACACUGCCAACUUCUGCAAGAAAUGAUGCCCUCACAGCUAUUCAUGUUGCACUUUCCCAGUCCAAAGAUGAGAUAUUAGCUGCCAAUGCUCGGGAUUUGACCGCUGCGAAAAAGGCAGCUAAUGAUGGCAAUUUGAGUUUGAGUAUAGUCUCACGGCUGGACCUGGGCAAAAAGGGGAAGUGGGAGGACAUGCUGAAGGGAAUUUUGGAUGUUCGUGAGCUGGAAGAUCCUGUCGGUAAAGUAACGCUACGAACGAGGCUUGACGAAGGACUAGAGCUUGAGAGAGUCUCAUGUCCGAUAGGGGUACUUCUGAUCAUCUUUGAAGCUCGUCCAGAAGUCAUUGCAAAUAUCGCCUCUCUUGCAAUUAAGUCGGGCAAUGCAGCUAUUUUGAAAGGUGGAAAGGAAUCAACAGAGUCAUUUGUUGCAAUUUCCAAGGUUAUUUCGGCAGCUCUGGAAUCAACAGUAGUUCCCAAUACGGCAAUUCAACUAGUCACGACGAGAGAUGUAAUCCCUCAACUUCUGGCUCUUGACCAAUAUAUCGACCUCGUCAUUCCAAGAGGCUCAAAUGAAUUAGUACGGUAUAUCAAGUCGUCUACCAAGAUCCCAGUCCUUGGUCACGCGGAUGGUAUUUGUGCAAUAUACCUCGAACACACUGCCGAUCCGGAGAUGGCUGUCAGGGUUAUUGUUGACUCGAAAACCUCAUACCCGGCAGCUUGUAAUAGUGUAGAGACCCUUCUGGUAGAACAAGCUUCCCUGGAGACUUUACUUCCUCCCUUGGCAGAAGCCUUGCUAGCCAAAGGCGUGUCGUUGCGAUGUGACGCCUCCAGCAAGAAGGCUUUGACAGCGGAGCUCUCGCCACACUCAUCUGUUAUCCUUCAAGAUGCAGAUGAGUGUGAUUUCGACACUGAACAUCUCUCCCUCACUCUCGCCAUCAAGACCGUGUCCACUGUCACGGAAGCAAUUUCACAUAUUAAUAUCCACGGUUCUCACCAUACCGACGCCAUUCUCACCUCCUCGUCGCCUCUCGCAGAGCAGUUCAUGUCCAGUGUAGACUCCGCCGGCGUUUUCUGGAACACUUCCACUCGUAUGGCUGAUGGGAUGCGGUUUGGUUUCGGGACGGAGGUCGGUAUCAGUACAAAUAAGAUCCAUGCGCGUGGUCCGGUAGGUUUGGAAGGAUUGAUGAUCUACAAGUACAAGAUUCGAGGUGGCGGUCAAAUUACUGCAGAGUAUGGCGAAGGCAGUGGACAAAGAAGCUUCAAGCAUGAAAAAUUACCUUUCUAG